AUGGCCGGGUUAGGUGUGCACUCGGUGUUGCUUCUGGGAACGGUCGUCGUGGCUGUGCUGGCCUCGCAACACUCACCAUACUCACUACAGGCCGCAAUCGAGGCUCUGCACCGUCGCGAAGCUCAACUGGCGCUCCGCGAAGAGGCCGCCGCUGAUCAACUCGAUGAGGAGGGCUAUCUGAUGGAACCGGCCACAGAGGAGCAACAGCAAUUUCGUCCAAAUCGGCAGCGCCUGAACCGAAUCCUGGCCAACUAUCUCCGACGUGACGAGGAACCGAUCGACGACCCGUACGAUCCGUACGAUUUGGAGGCACGCAAACGAUCCGUUUUCAGAGAGCGCGAUGAAAUGACCUCCUAUCCGACCGUGUUUCGUGAGCGAGAGCUAGAAAAGUCGUACUCGCGACCAGACCUGUCUUUGGACUUCCUGAAGGAAGUGGAUCGCCAGUCCAACGCCGAGCGCGACGAGGAGUACCAGGAACGGCUGCAGCGCCUGUGGAACAAGUAUCAGCAGGAGGAGAACGAAAUCGAGCAGCAACUGUUCGAAGACGAGCAGCUUGCUCCCCUGACGGCCGGUGGAUACGAGAAGCGCCAAGGAUUCCCAGUGUCACAAUCGGAACCAUCGCCGGCAAUGUACGGCCCUCCGAUGGAGGAACGUAAGCGAACCCUACCCAUCUUGCCGUGGUUACCGGCGACGCGCCGAAAGCGAUUCCCCGUGGCGAAACGUUCGCCCAAACCCGAGAUGAUGAUUCCCUCGGGAACCGACAAGAAGGUGGCAAAGGAUUUGCAGGCACUGUUUGGAACCCCCCAGGAGCAGAAGCGUAAACGUUCGAGUGACCCGGCGGGUACUGUGGCCCCAGCGGCAGCAACCACAACCGUCGCGCCGAUCACGACGACGACCGGGCGCAGUAAGGAAAUUUUGAAAAACAGACGAGAAUCUAGCGAUGAGCACCACGAGCACAGCUCGGAAGAAGGUCCGGACGAUGAAGAGCACGACCACGAGCACGAGCACGAGCACGAGGAAUCGAGCGAGGAGUUCGAAGGGGAGGACGAGGACAAAAAGAAGCGAUCGGUGCGCAAGCGGUCCAAUCUGGAGGUGGUGAAAGAGGACCAAAUACUGCCGGGCGAUAUCGGAGAUUUUAAGACGAAAAAGUCCAUCCAAUGGAACAAGUACUUCGGGAUAGAUCGAAGGAAAAAAAGUGUCCACGAUUCGGCGUCAGCCUCGUCGUCCGGUAACUACCCGCUGAGUUUCUACAAGACGUACGAUGAGGACCGCAAGAAGAAGAACGUGAACCAGGACAAGCUGGAGAGCAUGGACCGGAAGCUGAAGAACAUUGAGGACAUCAUUCUGGACCAAACGGUCAAGUACACGGGCGAUCAUGAAGGACUCACCGAACCAGGUGAGCUGCAGAAACUGAAGGACAAAGUGGUGGCACGUCUUGCGACGGCCUACAGUAUCGAGAAGGUGCGCCGUACGCUUGAGAAGCUAAAGGACUCGGUCAACGGUGAGCCCAACUAUAAGGUCAACGAAGUGGAGCUCGAUUUGCAGCGGGACGAGAAGGAAAAGGCGAAGCGUGUCGCAGUAAAGAAGGAAAAAGCCGAAUACGAUCAUAACCAACACAGCAUGGAAGCGGGUGGUGAUAAGGUGGCCCACGAGGAAGUGGAAAACAAUCUGGAAGAGGCCGAGGAAGACAGGAAGAAGAAAAAACGGACCCAGAAACGGUACCAGGAGGUAGUGCGCGGGUCGGAGCUGACCGAUAUGGACGAUGAUUUCAAUCGAGGAUUGGUAGUCGAAUCCACCGAGUGUCCCCUGUUGGAUGCGUUCGAGAGACGGUGCCGUGGUGUGGACGUGCUGAGCGGGGACAUCUAUCAGGAGCUACUACCGGCCUGUGGAGCGCAUCAGUUGUGCUAUCUUUGCGGAGUAUCGCCGAAGGUUUGUGACCUACAGUACCUCUCGGAGGCGGAGAAUUUGUGCGAAAAUCAAGCCGACUGCCAGACGACCGCACGGUCGGUGCUGAUGAUACUGCGCGGCUUUCCCGGGCCCCAGCUGGGCCCGAGGGAGUGCGCCAAGAACCCCUGUCUGUACCGGGCGAUGCUCGAGGUUGGAGUCGUUGUAAAUUGAGCCCAGCAACUAUAACUAAUCCACUAUCUCGAUGUGUGAAGUUGUGAACUUGUUACCUACGUUUAUCACGAGCAGUGUCUCACACACUCCAUUUUGCAACGAAGAAGCUGAGCGCAUGGCUGUACAUUGGAAACCUUUUAGAUCAAACCACCUAUAUUCAAUGCACGGCGAAGGUCCAGCAUAUUUACGCUACGUUUUUUGUGUGUGUAACAACGAUGAUCAGUAUACCGAGAAACCGCACGGAGUGAUCGGCAGGGUUGAAGCAUACUCUUUUUCGAACCCUCGGAGGCUCUUGGCGAACGCAGCAACGCCGGAUUUAUCUAUGUAUAAGAAGCAUUUUUAAUCUCAUAUCGACAACUAUGUGUGUGUGCGUGUGCAACCCCUUUUAUCGAUGUCAGCAUGGAGCAUAAACGCUUAUCGGUGGUUAUGCAUUACUCUUCCCCUGCCCGCUACGUUACACACUGCUAAUCGGAACUUUGCUGUGUAUUUCCGCAAGCAUUACUAAUGGGUCCGUUUGAGAGUGAAUUUGUGGGGAUGAUAAAGAAUUGGCUCUGACUCAUUUGGCAUCGCCCUUCACCGUCAACACUUACAUAGAUGUUUUGUCAAACAGUAUUUACAAAAAAUUUGGCAGGCAGGCAGGAUUGCAAAAAGGCACCUCCAUGAGAUUUGGGAGUGAUUUUAUCAUCUGCUUUAUUUUAUGAAAGUAUUAAAAAAAAACAAAGAUCCUACGAAUACUAGACAGGAAUUGGAACCUCCGAAGGACGAAGGACACUUUACAACGAUACCCGUUGCUCUCGAUAGACAGGCCCGUAAAAGUGCAGCAGUGAAGCACACGAGAAAAGCACGUAAAACUUCGACAAUAAAAAAACAUAGACGAACGAAACUCAAGUAUGCUCGCUGAUUUGCUGAAGUGCAAGUACCGACCGAGGUUACAAUAUUGGUUUACAAAACAAAUUGUAUUGCAUCCACACUAUGAAUGUUUCUUCUUGAGAUCACGUGCGAAGCAGCUACAUUGAUAGAAUCGGAACUGCGGAACGAACUGUGUGCAGCUAGUAAUUUUAAUGGAAACCAGGAUUGAAACAACUAUUGAUAUACAAACUACGCUACUCUACAAAUACCACUUAAUCGAUCAAUUUCAGUCAUAAAAAAGUAUAACCGCAUUCGGACGGCCACAGGAAGGUAGUGUAAAGCAGUGCUUCGGCCAUAAAAGGCACGGUCCGAGGGGUCCGUGUGAUUAACUGAAGUAAACAAAGCACGGUCAGCGGCAGCGGUUGUAUAACGAGGCUAUAAACUAUAUUAGUAAUCGCUGGUAGCGUACACACACAUACUAUACAUAAACAAUGUUAAUGUACACAGCAGCAAGCAAACCGAUCGACCGAUCGACACACCGGAGCGGCCAGUAAAAACAUUACACUACACAAUCAAUAGUAAACCAAAAAACCAGUAUUUGUUGAAAUCUAAAUAAAAU